CACUUCUCAGAGUAAAUAACACAAAUCAAAAUCAAUCAGCAGAGAAAUAAAGAAAUUUUCUGCAGAGAGAAAAUAAAAUGUCAGGAAGAGGGAAAGGAGGUAAGGGAUUGGGAAAGGGAGGAGCAAAGAGACACAGGAAGGUGUUGAGAGAUAACAUUCAAGGAAUCACUAAACCAGCUAUUAGAAGAUUAGCAAGAAGAGGUGGUGUUAAACGUAUCAGUGGAUUGAUUUAUGAAGAAACAAGAGGUGUUCUCAAGAUCUUCUUAGAAAAUGUCAUCCGUGAUGCUGUUACUUACACUGAACAUGCUAGAAGAAAAACUGUCACUGCUAUGGAUGUUGUCUAUGCUCUUAAGAGACAAGGAAGAACCCUCUAUGGAUUUGGGGGUUAGGGUUUUGUUAAAAGAUGUUGAAAUUAGGCUUUCAAUUUUAUUUUGAUUUUUGUUGGGUUUCAAAUGUACUCGCCUACUCGGAGAUUAACUUAAUCCAAUCUUUUCUCUCAUUUUUAAUUUCUCCAUAACGAAUCCAGUAUCAGCUAAUAUUAUUGAUUUUGAUUUCAAUCGACUAUUCAUUUCCUGCA